UUCGACGUGUUUGGUUGAUUCUAUUAAUUUCGGUGUGUUUGUGAUAGAGCAAAUUUUUUUGCCGCCGGUUUUUAGUUGUGUGCCGCUUAUAACACCAAGUGGAUAAAUGGGUGUAUGCGUGUAGGAUAUGAUCGCUGAGCCUAUUGCAAAGGGCUAAACGUGAAUUAUAAAUUUUUAACAAAUGUUAAAUUGAUUCUCAAAGUGAAUUGAGUUUGAGGCUUGCAAAGACAAAAGUGUGAACGGAAAAUGUGUGCAAGCUUUGAAGUGAAGGAGUAGAUGAGCUGUUGCACGCGGCUGUUUGAUGAUAAAAAAAGCGUCUAAAAAAAUUGCAACAUUGAAAUAAUGAAAAGCGAAGCGUAAAGUGAAAAUUUUGCUUCGCAUUAAAAAAAAUUUUAAUUUUACGGUAAAGCGUCAAAAAAAAUUUCAACAUUCAAAUAAUGAAAAGCAAAGCGUAAAGGGAAAAUUCUGCUUCCCAAAUUUUUCAUUAGAAAAAUAUAAAUUUUGGAAAAAAGUCUAAAAAAAUUUCAAUAUUCAAAUAAUAAAAAGCGCUUAAUGAAGUGAAAAAAUUUUAGUUAUGAGGAAAAUCGUCUAACAAGUAUAUACAUUUGAUUAACAAAAAACGCUUAAUAAAGAGAAAAUUUGUCCGAAAUUAUUUAUUCGCCUUCAAAAAUUUUUUUAAAAUAAAAAUUUCAUUAACAAAAAGCGCUUAACGAAAAGUCGUCCUAAAUAAUUAAUUCGCCUUCAAAAAUGUUCUAAAAACUAAAAAUUUCAUUAAUAAAAAGCGCCAAAUAAAAUGAAAAUUUGUCCGAAAUAAUUUAUGCACCUUCACGAAUUUUAAUUUUGAGAAAAAUCGCCUUAAAAGUAUAAAAAUUUCAUUAACAAAAAGCGCCAAAUAAAAUGAAAAUUUGUCCGAAAUAAUUUAUGCACCUUCACGAAUUUUAAUUUUGCGAAAAAUCCCCUUAAAAGUAAAAAAAUUUGGUAGAACAAAAAGCGCUUAAUAAAGUGAAAAUUUUCCUUACAUAAUUCAUUCAACUGCAAAAAGUUAUCAAAAAUUUCAAAAGCCUUGCAAGUGUUUCACCAAAAAAUGCUCUGUGUGCCACAGCAAAAAAAUAUACAAAACAAAAAGUGUUCCAACAACUAAAAAAUCCACAACAGCAAAAGUGUUCAAAGUGCACAAAAAGUUCCUGCCGAAUCAGCCCAACUAAAUAAUUACAAAAGCAUUCGCAAGUCUGAUUCAUGCUCAAAAAGUGCAUAGCAUAAAUUUUCCACAAUCACUCCAUUGCGCCGAAAUGUACGCCCCAUCACGCCAAAUGCCGUCGGCUCGCGGCUACAAUGCGCUGUUCUGUGCCAUAAUCGUCGCGUUCGCGUGCUUCUCGUCGCCAUCGUCCGUUAGCGCAGUGCAUCGUUACGAUCAAACGCCCGUCGAAGCAAGUCCCUUCUAUCGCACUUCCGCUUCAGGUGAAAUGAUUAGCUCAUCGGCCAUGACGAGCGACGCAUUUCCCCACCACAAUCGCUGUGAACCGAUCACCAUAUCGAUUUGCAAAAAUAUACCCUACAACAUGACAAUAAUGCCGAACUUAAUCGGACAUACCAAGCAAGAGGAAGCCGGCUUGGAGGUGCAUCAAUUUGCACCGCUCGUUAAAAUCGGCUGCAGUCCCGAUUUGCAGCUCUUCCUUUGCUCGCUGUACGUACCCGUUUGUACGAUACUCGAACAACCAAUACCGCCGUGUCGUUCGUUGUGUGAAUCGGCGCGCAUCUGUGAAACGCUAAUGAAAACUUAUAAUUUUAAUUGGCCCGAGAAUUUGGAAUGUUCCAAGUUCCCCGUGAAUGGCGGUGAGGCGUUAUGUGUGGCUGAGAAUACAACUUCGUCUACGCCGUCGCCAACGCGUAGCAUACCGAAAGUGACGACGCGCAAAAAUUAUGCGGACGGCCCGCAUCGGAAUAUCGGUUUCGUGUGUCCUGUGCAGUUAAAGACGCCGCAAGGAAUGGGCUAUGCGCUCAAAGUGGACGAGAAGGAAUUACGCGAUUGUGGUGCGCCGUGCCAUGCCAUGUUCUUCCCGGAGAAAGAGCGCACUGUGCUGCGUUAUUGGGUCGGUUCGUGGGCAGCUGUCUGUGUAGCAAGUUGCCUCUUUACGGUGCUGACUUUUCUCAUAGACUCGUCGCGUUUUCGCUACCCGGAACGUGCCAUUGUUUUUCUCGCCGUUUGUUAUCUCGUUGUGGGUUGUGCGUACGUAGCCGGUUUGGGAGCGGGCGAUUCGGUGGCAUGUCGGGAACCAUUUCCGCCACCAGUGCGUCUAGGGCGGCUGCAAAUGAUGUCGACUAUCACGCAGGGCCAUCGUCAAACCACCGCUUGUACCGUUUUAUUUAUGGCGCUCUACUUUUGUUGCAUGGCCGCCUUUGCUUGGUGGUCAUGUUUGGCGUUCGCUUGGUUUUUGGCCGCCGGCCUUAAAUGGGGUCAUGAGGCGAUCGAAAAUAAAUCGCAUUUAUUUCAUUUGGUCGCUUGGGCGAUACCGGCGUUGCAGACAAUUUCGGUGCUGGCAUUGGCCAAAGUUGAAGGUAAGAUUUUGAUGUUGGAAAUGGAAGUGCAUGGCUAGCACUAGCUAGAUUAU